AAGAAGAGAACGCGGAGCAAAGCGGGGAGGAUCGUGUUCAGCGAGGAGAUCGCAGUGAUACAGAUCUAUUUACAGAUUGGUAAUGGUGUGUGUGUGUGUGUGUGUGUGUGUGUGUGUGUGUGUGUGUGUGUGUGUGUGUGUGUGUGUGUGUGUUUAGGAGUCAUGUGAUUUUUGCCCUGCCUCAUUUGAAGAACAUGGACUUCAGUGUUGUGACACGUGAGGAGCGGGAGUUGGCAAAUUUGCGUGUGUGAGCAACAAGUUGCCACCAGAUAGUUCAUAGUGGAUCCUGCAGUGGUGUCAUACUGUAGUUGCUGUUGCACCAGCAAAGAACUUUAAAGUGAAGAAAGAGCUUGAAAUGAAGUGAAAUGCACGGGAGAGAGUGACAGCAGAUACAAUUUAAUACAAUUUAAAGGCCAUCUUCCAUCACAUUCAUGACGAUGAAGACGUCAUGGGCGAAUAUGAUCAUUGCAUAGCGACAUGUGUGUCAUGCAUUUCAUGUCAUUUAUAUACUUACACCUAUUUUCUUUAUCACAUGCCAACAGCAACUCAGUUCAAAAUAAAAAUUGUUGAAUAUCUGCCUCUGACGUGAGGAGAUGUUAAAUGUGCGCAGCCUGAUAAUCUCCAACGGUAAACAUUUAAUCACCGAAGGUCUGACGACAGACCUGAAUGACCGGUUCUAAGAUGAGAUGUUAAUGGUUUGCCCCUCGGUGCUUCCUGCCUGGUUCGGUGCUGAGCAGAGGUCAGCCGGAGGUCAAACCCCCUGAGGCUCAGGAGACCGCGAUCUUUAACCGUCCGCCUCUUUAUUGCUACAUCAGCAGCUGCGGGUUCCACUGCUGCAUCGUCUCGGAUAACUUGUGUCGCUCGCACGCGUCUCCGGUGGCAUUUAGCGCUCACGGGUUGAAUAAUGCCACAGUGGAGCCACAAAUUAGGGGCAAAAAUAGAUACAAGCUGAAUUCUCAGUUAAAAAUGCCUGAAUUGAAGGAAAUUGGACCAUUUGUGCGAUAAAUGGUUACGCAGAUGUAUUAGGGGCAAAAAGGUUCAGGACGCAUGAGGAUGCUGCCCAGCUGAAACAGGCUCCGCAGGGAGCCUGCAAUCCUCCCGGGGUGUUCAGUCUGGAGCGAACGGGCUCCACGCUGCAGAGAAUGUCACGAUUACUAUUAGCAAAAAGGGACGCGGUGCGGGAGCAGAACACGCAGACUCAUGCAUUGUUGUGGGUUAUCUGUGGCUGGGUGGGAGCCGGGCCGGGCAACUGCCCGGGUCCCACUCCGCCCCUCGCUGCUCGCCGAGAUAAGAGCGACGCCCCAGUCCACCCCCAGCCGCCGCCGGCCGCACUCACUCGUGAUGACGGACGCCGACGCUGAGAAGAAGGCCGCGGGGGCCGAGAGCGAGCCGGCGAAGAGGAGCAAGAAGAAGCAGAAGAAGGACGAUGCCUGGAGGCCUGAGGGGCGCAGGGACCCGAUCGCUUUGCUGGAGUCUCUGUCUGAAGAGAAGCAGCAGGAGAUCCAGACGGCCCUCCACCUCUUCUCCUUGGGCGCGUCUCUGCCCAAGACCAUGAGCGAGGCCAAGAAACGCACCUAUCGCUUCUGGGAGACGCAGCCCGUGCCCAAAUUCGGUGACGCCAUCACAGCUGAUGGGCCGGUAGCAGGGGACGGAGCGUGUGUGCGUAAGGAGCCCUACUCUCUACCUCAAGGCUUCUCCUGGGACACUCUGGACCUCAGCAGUCCUUCAACACUGAGCGAACUUUGUGCUCUGCUAAACGAGAACUACCUGGAAGAAGACGACAACACCUUCAGACUGAGCUUCUGUGCAGAGUAUCUCCGAUGGACUUUACAGCCUCCUGACUGGCUGGCUCACUGCCACUGUGCUGUGCGAGUGAACUCCAAUCAGAAACUAGUGGGCUUCAUUGCUGGCGUUCCUGCUGAUAUCCGCAUAUAUGAGACCCAGAAGCGGGUGGUGCAGGUCAAGUUCCUGUGCGUGCACAAGAAACUGCGUCUCAAGCGAAUGACUCCGGUUCUGAUCCGGGAGCUGGCGAGACGGGCGAGGCAGCAGGGUUUCCUCCAGGCCGUGUACACAGCUGGAGUGGUGCUUCCCACACCACUGAGCUCCUGCAGCUACUGGCAUCGCCCUCUGAACCUCCGGAAGCUGUUAGAGGUCAACUACCCGGGUCUGAGAGUAAAGAUGAAUCUGCAGCGAGCGCUUAAACUCAACCGUCUUCCUGAGGCUACAAAGACGCCGGGUCUGCGCCCGGCGGCCAAAGCCGACGUUGAACGGAUACACUCACUGGUCCAGACGAACCUGUGCAAGUUCCACCUGCGGCCUGUCCUGUCGGUGCAGGACGUGGAGCACUUGCUCUUGCCACGGGACAACGUGGUGGACACCUAUGUGGUGGAGGGACCGGAUGGUACCGUGACAGAUGUGGUGAGUUUCUACAGCGUCUGGUCAAAGGUGCUGAACCACCCAGUUCACAGCGGCCUGAGAGAAGCCCACCUCCUUUACGUCGUCUCCACUGCCACAGACCAGGUGGAGCUCAUGGAGGACGCGCUGGUCCUGGCUAAAUCUAAAGGCAAUGACAUCUUCUGUGCUCUCGAUGUGAUGGACAACACGACUUUCCUGGAGCAGCUGAAAUUUAGCAUCAGUGACAGGAGCCUGCAUUAUUACCUGUACAACUGGAUGUGUCCAAAUAUGAGCCCAGAUAAGGUGGGCUUGGUGUUACCGAACUAACUGACUGCACAGAGAUCAACAAGCCAGAGUGAUGGACAGGACAGCAGCAGGAAUAUGGGUUCUAAAACAUAAACGGACAAACUACGAAGGACACACUCCCAAAUCAAUGAAAAAAUUAAAGAUGCAUUUUCAUUUGUGAAUAACAUCUUAAAACAUCA